AUGUCCAGCCAACCUACCAUGGUGAACAUGUCAAUCCCACCUACCAUGGUGAACAUGUCCAGCCCACAUACCAUGGUAAACAUGUCCAGCACACAUACCACGGUGAACAUGCCCAGCCCACCUACCAUGGAGAACAUGUCCAGCCCACCUACCAUGGUAAACAUGUCCUGCUCACCUACCAUGGUGAACAUGUCCAGUCCACCUACCAUAGUGAACAUGUCCAGCCCACCUACCAUGGUGAACAUGUCCAGCCCACCUACCAUGCCCACCUACUAUGGUGAACAUGUCCAGCCCACCUACCAUGGUGAACAUGUCCAGCCCACCUACCAUGGUGAAUAUAUGUCCAGCCCACCUACCAUGGUGAACAUGUCCAGCCCACCUACCAUGGUGAACAUGUCCAGCCCACCUGCCAUGGUGAAUAUGUCCAGCCCACCUACCAUGGUGAAUAUGUCCAGCCCACCUACCAAGGUGAACAUGUCCAGCCCACCUACCAAGGUGAACAUGUCCAGCCCACCUUCCCUUGUGAAUAUGUCCAGCCCAUCUACCCUGGUGAACAUGUCCAGCCCACAUACCAUGGUAAACAUGUCCAGCCCACAUACCAUGGUGAACAUGCCCAGCCCACCUACCAUGGAGAACAUGUCCAGCCCACCUACCAUGGUAAACAUGUCCUGCUCACCUACCAUGGUGAACAUGUCCAGUCCACCUACCAUAGUGAACAUGUCCAGCCCACCUACCAUGGUGAACAUGUCCAGCCCACCUACCAUGCCCACCUACUAUGGUGAACAUGUCCAGCCCACCUACCAUGGUGAACAUGUCCAGCCCACCUACCAUGGUGAAUAUAUGUCCAGCCCACCUACCAUGGUGAACAUGUCCAGCCCACCUACCAUGGUGAACAUGUCCAGCCCACCUGCCAUGGUGAAUAUGUCCAGCCCACCUACCAUGGUGAAUAUGUCCAGCCCACCUACCAAGGUGAACAUGUCCAGCCCACCUACCAAGGUGAACAUGUCCAGCCCACCUUCCCUUGUGAAUAUGUCCAGCCCACCUACCCUGGUGAACAUGUCCAGCCCACCUACCGAGGUGAACAUGUCCAGCCCAUCUACCAUGGUGAACAUGUCCAGCCCACCAACCCGUAUAAACAUGUCCAGCACACCUACCCUGGAGAACAUGUCCAGCAAACCUGCCCUUGUGAACAUGUCCAGCCCACCUACCAUGGUGAACAUGUCCAGCCCACCUACCAUGGUGAACAUGUCCAGCCCACCUACCCUUAUGAACAUGUCCAGCCACCAACCCUUAUGA